AACAGUGCGCUCGGACUCCAUCACAUGACUCCCCUCCCCCAUCCUCCCCCACCCUCCCCCACCCGGCGCAGGGAGUGGGGCAACAAGGCGGACAUGUCUGAGGGAAAUGUGUUGGUUAAAAAGUAUCGAGGUGGAAGACAAGAAGAUUAUUUGAAGAAAGGUUCCGCAUUAUUUUGGGAUUUACCAGUCGACAUUUGUGUUUGUUUUAAAUUCAAGGUUUUUUUUUUUUUAUUUCAUACUUUGAAAAUAUUUAUUUCUUUGUUGUUGUUUUUUUUUUUUUCUUCUUUUGAUCAUUUAACUUUAACAAUUUUAACAAUCUACUUUGUUUUACAGCGUAAAGUUAAAGAACAACUUUAGUACUGUUUCAUGUUGUGAUGAUAUAAUGUUACUUUCGGUCGUUUAUUUGAGUGACAUUGUGGAGAAUAUGUAACCUUGGUGUGGGGGAUGGGCGCAUGUGGUUAGGUAACCAUUUUGUGUGAUUGUUGAAUUUGUUUAGGGUCGGUCGUUUUUUAAAUAUAUCAAAUAGUGAUUUUCUCAUUUGGUAAUCUUUUCUAAUUGUAGGAUUUUUUUUUACAAUGGGUUUAUUUUAUUCUCUCUGUAGAUACUUAAAGGUCAGGCUCUGUUUUCUGUAUUUUCAGACCCAUAUAAGAGUUUCUUGGUGAUUUCAUUGAGCUUUAAUGUUAAUUAGGGUCAUUGUUUAAUUGUUAGUGUGAUUGUUUGGUUGAGUUUGGCUGAAAACAGACUUUACUUUAAUCAAAUGGAGUUUGAGGUCAGUGAGGAAAACUGCUGUGUCAUUCAGUGGCUGGGCGGUAGUUAAUACUCUAACAGGCUUUUUUUAAUUGUUCCUUUUUAAGUAAAUAGGAGGAACGUCCUUCACCGUAUUACAUUCAGUUAUAAUUGUAAACUUGGAUUUAAUCCUAUUAUUACUUUGUUGUUUCUGAGCCAUUGAGGCCUUGUUGGGUUUGUUGACCUCAACCUGCCGCAGAUUGAACGCUGCUCACUUCAGUUUGUGUUCACAGGCGAAAUAUGAAGCGUGUUUUUUAUUUGUUGUCGACGUUUAACCUUUUUCUCAUCGUGAAUAUUUGUUAUAAUCCUCUGUGUCACUGUACUUAAAGAUGGCGGCGGUGCGCCUCUUCUAGAAGACAGAAAUGCGGAUAUCCAGAAAGCAGCGAGCUCGUGGGAGAGGCUCUUUGCUCUUGAGGGGUGCGCGUGACCCGGCGGGAGAACCAAUAGGCUUCUUGGUAUUUACCCUGGAAGCCCGCGUUACGACCGUAUUGACCAAUCAGAGCCGUCGCUUUGCACACGUUGACGUAAUGUAAUAUGAUGAGGAGGAAGGUGGCCUCGGUGGCCUCGCGUUCUGUACAGGAUUACAUUGAGGAACCAGUUACAGGCCGCGCUUCGGGAACACUGUGUCGCCUCGGCCAAUAGGAUUGAGCCGUUGUCUUGAUUGACAGCAGAAACUUGCGAAUAGGUUGGCCCGAAAGAUUGGCAGGGAGACAUCAGUAUGAAGGGGUGUGGUGACUUUGACGGACAUCGUCAGCAGCCAAUAGGAACUCCGAGGGCGUGGACGCUCUGAGGGCGUUUAUCCAAUAGGGUGAGAGGUUGGUCUAUAUAAGAACGGGUGUAGUCGCAUCGUCGCCAUUUCAACGAAGCAGAUUAAAGGAGUUGACCGUGGCGGGGAGCGGAGACAACUGACGAGCAGAGACGGAUCCAGGUCUGAGUCUAGCUAAAAAACAGAAUCCGGAUCCAUCCUGAUGGAUAUGGCUCUUAACCCGCUCCUUGACAGCUCCCAUGUCGGGGUUGAGGUUGGCAUAAUGGGAGUCACAUCGAUGGACCAGGGUUCUGGCACAGCUGGAAAACGCAUCCGAAAACCUUCACUGCUCUAUGAGGGCUUUGAGAGUCCUGGGAUGCCCCCUCUCAAUCUGAUGGCCCAUUCGGGACCCCCACAGCCUCCGGUGAAAGACCCCAACCGACAGGGGAGGAUGACCAACCAGCUUCAGUUCCUACAAAAAGUCCUGCUCAAAUCUUUGUGGAGGCACCACUUUGCCUGGCCCUUCCAUGAACCUGUAGAUGCAGCAAAGCUCAACCUGCCUGACUAUCAUAAGAUCAUCAAAACUCCCAUGGACAUGGGCACUAUUAAGAAGAGACUUGAAAAUAACUACUACCGCAGUGCCAGUGAAUGCAUGCAGGACUUCAACACCAUGUUCACCAACUGCUACAUUUAUAACAAGCCUACAGAUGACAUAGUACUGAUGGCUCAGUCUCUGGAGAAGGCAUUCCUGCAGAAAGUAGCUCAGAUGCCCCAGGAGGAGCUAGAGCUUGCUCCUCCCCCUCCACGGAGCAAACCAGGCAAACCUGGAAGAAAAGGCAGAGUCACUGGAGGAGUGACAACAGCUCAUCAGGUCCCAGCUGUCUCUCAGUCAGUGUACUCACCUCCCACCCCGGAAACACCCGACUCCAUCCUCUCUACCCCUCCACAGACACUUUUGACCAAGAGCAUGCCCCCUUCCCUUCAUACUGAACAAAGCAUCCCUACCAUUACGGGUCUGCCUCCCACACAGCCCACUGCCAAGAAAAAAGGCGUGAAGAGGAAAGCAGACACGACCACCCCAACCACUGUAGCCAUGCCCAUCAUGAGCACCAUGGGUGUCAGUGGCAUCAGCCUGGGGCUUGGUGGUGGGCAUGAUUCCCCGCUCACUCUAACUUCUCUGGGGGUGGACCACAGCUCCAGUCUGGGGAUGAACCAAGGCCUCAGCCAGGGCAUGGGGAUGGGCAUGGGCAUGUCUUUAGGUAUGGGCUGUGGACCAGUGAUGAUGAGUUCCAAAGCAGCUGGGGGCAGGAGAGGAGUGAGUGGACGACCCAUCAAGCCCCCCAAGAAGGAUCUACCAGACUCCAUGCUGCCACCGCCGGUGCGCCGCAGUAAGCUUAGCCCCCAGCUGCGCUACUGCAAUGGGGUCCUGAAGGAGCUGCUGUCGAAGAAGCAUGCAGCGUACGCCUGGCCGUUCUACAAGCCCGUCGAUGCCUCAACACUUGGUCUUCACGACUACCAUGACAUCAUUAAGCAGCCCAUGGACCUCAGCACCAUCAAGAGGAAGAUGGACGGCAGAGAGUAUCGGGACUCGCAGCAGUUCUCUGCUGAUGUUAGACUGAUGUUCUCCAACUGCUACAAGUACAACCCUCCUGAUCAUGAUGUGGUGGCAAUGGCCAGAAAACUCCAGGAUGUGUUUGAGUUCUGCUUUGCUAAGAUGCCAGACGAGCCCCCAGCACCCCCUAGCUCCUCCUCUUCCUCCUCCUCAUCAUCGUCGUCAUCUGAGAGCGAGCUCAGCAGUGAAAGUGAGGAGAGCGAGAGCAGCCCCAGCUCUGACUCUGAGGAGGAGAGGGCAAACCGACUGGCAGAGCUGCAGGAACAGCUAAAAGCCGUACACGAGCAGCUCACUGCACUCUCCCAGGGCCCCAUUGUCAAACCUAAGAAAAAGAAAGAGAAGAAGGACAAGAAAAAGAAGAAAAAAGUAGAAAAAGAGAAGCAUCGGAGGGUAGAGGAAGAGCUGCCGCCUAUUAAACCGGCCAAGGCCCCCAAGAUCACCAAGACUCCAAAACCCAAGCCCAACCGAGCUGCAGCGUGUCCUGUAGUGCCGGUAAAGAAGGCACCAAGCAAGAAAAACAACAAGAGCAAAUCCAAAAAGGCCGCCAUGACGUUUAGCAUGCCUCAGCCGGUCCACGACCCCAUAGUGAGUCAUUAUGACUCCGAUGAAGAGGAGGAGACGGCACCCAUGUCGUAUGAUGAGAAGCGUCAGCUCAGCCUGGACAUCAACAAGCUGCCCGGUGAGAAGCUGGGCCGCGUCGUUUACAUCAUCCAGUCCCGUGAGCCCUCGCUCCGAGACACCAACCCGGAGGAGAUCGAGAUAGACUUUGAGACACUGAAGCCUUCAACACUGCGGGAGCUCGAGAGAUACGUCAUGACGUGUCUGAGGAAGAAACCUCGAAAGCCAUACGCAAGUAAAAACAACAUUGCUGGCAAGUCCCGAGAAGAGCUCGCUCUGGAGAAACAAAUGGAGCUGGAGAGGAGGCUGAUGGACGUCAGUGGUCAGCUCAACUCUGGAAAGAAACCUCCUAAGACCAAACCAGAGAAACCUGCAACAGAGCAGAACACCCAGCCGUCACGUCUCAGUGCCAGUAGCUCCUCCUCAGACUCCUCUUCUUCAUCCUCUUCUUCCUCAUCCUCGGACACAAGCGACUCAGACUCUGGCUGAGGGGCGGUGGGUUUCCAUAUGAAAGGGUCUUGUUCGGGACCCUGGGCGUUUUGCUUCCCACCAAGUGGACUGAACUGCAGUAGAGCUACUGACGAUGGAGCCGCAGGACGGAUCAGACGAGACCAGCACUCGGCAGAACUGGUCUGACUCAACAAGUGUCAAACCAAGAAAGAAAGAGAGAGAUGGGGCUUUCCCUGCGCUCAGCUCAUUCAUCCAGUCCCUUCCUGGACACAGAAAAGUCGAGGAUGGAAGGAAAGAAAGAGACUCAUUGUAAAGUCCUGCCGUUCUCUGGAGAACUGGCGUUGCUGGGCAGAGCGAGGGAUGCUCCAUCUCCUGCAAAAAAAAGGAGAACGAAGCAUGCGUUGGAGGGAUAAGGGUGCUAGAGCCAGAAUCUGUCUUAUUUCUGGAGAUAAUUUCCCUUCUUUCCGUGCUCUCUGUCUUUACGCUGUAUAGAUAAGGUGUACAGUUAUAUAAAUAUCUAUUUUUCUUUUAUAAAGAAGCAUUUUAUGGAGCUAAUUUAUUCCCUCAUUCUGGGAAAGAUGAACUGGUGUGGGCGGAGUUGUGUUUUAGUUUUUGUUUAGAUUUUUUCUUGAGUGGCAGAAGGUAGAGGGGAAACACGAGAGAGUGUGUGUGUGUGUGUGUCUGUGUGUCUGUGUGUGUGUGUGUCUGUGUGUGUGUGUGUGUGUCUGUGUGUGUGUGUGUGUGUGUGUGUGUGUGUGUGUGUCUGUGUGUGUGUGUCUGUAUGAAUGUGUCACAUAUGUGUUUGCAUGCACAUGUGUGAGUGUGAGAUCCGGCACCACAAGUUCCUCACAGUUUUGACGCAGGCGUUGAAAAUCAGUCUGCACGCAGAAGCACCUUGGUUCAGUAGAAUACAGAAUGCAUGCAAUACAGAGGAGCUGACAAACAUCUGCAUACUCAUGUACUACUUUACUGCAUCCUUGUGUACUCAUGUACUUGUUUGAAAGGGUUGGCCACUGUACAGAAAUGUGACCUAGUUACGCAUCAGUUUAUACGUAAAUAUUUCUGUUCCCAUGUGUGCUGUCUUUUUUUUUUUCUCUCUCAUCCAUUUCUCUGUAAACGUGUUGCUUUUUUUUUUCUUCUUGUGACCAAUCUGCUAAUAAAUUGUGAGGACGUGUCUUGUCCACUCACCUGUGCCCAAAUACCAUCUUGGUUCUUUUGAUUUCUUUUGGGGUUUAAGUCACAAAACAUCUGACCAGAGUUGAUUAUUUGAAGUUAAAAGAAAAAGCUUUUUGCUGUUUCUUAUUUGAUAUUUUAUUCAAGCACUUUGGGUUGAUGUCCCAUCACUUCUUUACACCACGGUGUCACAAAAAAAGACAAAACUUGCUUGUUUUUAAAAACUAUUUGGCCUUUGAGAUCUACGGCAGCUGAACGUUUUAUUUUCUGUGUUAGUUUUGUUUAAGUUUACUUAUUUGUGUGAUUUAAAAACAUUAGUAAUACACGUUAGGUUGUGGACGGUGAGAUUUUCUCUUCUUUUGUCUCUUUGGCAGGUAAACAGGUUUUUGUUUUUGUGGUUUUGUGGCUGGUGAUAACAUGAAAGUGGCUUUUUGAGUUUUGGGAUCCAGCAGCCAGUAGAAAAAAAAGAUGGUUUAAUGUUGUGAGUGAUAACAAUGCACUGUUUGUUUGGUGGUACUACUAAACAAGUUUGUGAUUUAGGAAAGGCGUGUAUCAUUUUUGUUCUUUUAAAAUGGCCUGUGGCUUGAGGUUGGAGUAUUGUAUGUUUGAAACUGAUUAUUUAUUUAGAAGGAAUUUGAAUGGAGAUUUUUUUUCAUAAUACUGAAAGUAAUCAAACGCUUUUAAGUCAAAGUCUAUGAAAUAUGCACAGAUUUUAACUGUCAGGAUUGUAGAAGUGUACAUAUUUUACAGUCUCAAUCUUUGAGCAUGUUUUUGUUUUUCCUUCAGUAACUUAGUCGAACUUUUUCUGUCCAGAUUUGAUCUGUUCUAAAACAAAAUACUCCAGUUGUCAGUCUUACUUUUCUGAAGUUUGUCAGAAAUCUAAAUGCCUCUGUACUUGACUCCAUCGUUUCCUCUGAACAUCUGUACAUAAAUAAACUGAGACAUGUUCAUCUUU